AUGGGUCCAUUUCCACCAUCAUUUUGCAACCUAUACAUACUAGUGGCAGUCGAUUACAUCUCCAAGUGGGUAGAAGCUGUAAGCCUUCCUACCAAUGAUUCCAAGUCGGUAAUGAAAUUGUUGCACAAGAACAUACUCACGAGAUUUGGUAUGCCUCAAGCCAUCAUCAGUGAUAAGGGGUCUCAUUUUGAUUGCAAACUCAUCACUAAUGCUUUGCACAGUGUUGUUACUGUGAAGUACAACAACAACAUCUUCAAGCAAACAUUUUACUUUGAACAAGGUUUUUUGUUCAAAGAUGAGCCUUAUAUGGGAUAUGAUGAGUUAGUUUCCCCCAUUGUUGAGGAGCAUGGAUGGAAAAUUUUUUGCAUACAUCUAGAUGAUGUUUUAGGGAAAGUAAUUCACGAGUUCUAUGCGCACACCACUUCUCCUGAAAAUCCUUUUAUCUAUGUUCAUGAAACCUCAGUCCCAUUUGAUGAAGACCACAUUAGUGCCCAAUUUGGGUUAAUUGAUGUUCAAGAUGAACAUACCCCAUUCACCGAAACCAUCACUGUUGAUGACUGA